UACUAUAUUUGGAGCUUUUGCUUUCAUUUGACAUUUAUUAUCAGUAACAUCACCAUCAAAACUGUCUCACAUCCAAUAGUCUCAACAAUACAUUAGAUAUAUAUUCUUCGAUAGAUCGUCCGUUAAUAUUUGAAUUCAAAUGAAGAAUUAUUGCAAGUUUAUUUUUUUCUUAAUACCCACUCUUGUGUUUGGUACCGAGUUUACGUUUGACUUACCAGAUAAUGAUGAGGAAUGUUUUCACGAAUUAAUUACUACUACCAAUAUUACUUGCGUUUUUGAGUUCCAAGUCGUGAGUGGUGGUCAACUCGAUGUGGAUGUUAUAAUAGAAGGCCCAAACCAAAGACAUAUUUACAAAGAACUACGAAAAGAGUAUGAUACGUUUAAAUUUAAUGUAACACAUCCUGGAGAGCAUGUGAUCUGCUUUAGCAAUCAGUUUUCAACUUUCACGCAUAAAUCAAUAUUCAUGUCAUUUGUAGCCGGAGAUGAGAAUCCACUAUUCAAGGGAUCAGAAGAACAUGAUACUGUGAUGACAUUCAUGGAAGCUACAUCUGAUGAAAUGCAUGAUACAUUAAGUGAUAUUAUUUUAGGGCAGACACACUAUCGUUUGCAAGAAGCUCAUGGACGCCGAUUUGCCGAAGAAUUGAAUGAACGUGUCCUUUGGUGGUCGAUGAGUCAAACAAUCCUAAUCAUAGCUAUAAGUUUAUCACAGGUGCUAAUUCUACGAAACUUCUUCAGUGAACCAAAGCCCAUUCGACCAAGAGAGCCACGAUACGGUUACUUGCGGUAAAUAUCCAAGAAGACGAAAAAUAAUGAAAAGUAACUUUACUCAGAAGAAGAAAAAAAGCAUAGUGUCAAUUUGGAUCAACAAAAAGAUAAAUCACUUUGAAAAUAAAUGGACCAAUUAAUUUUUUCCACUUUUCAAAAUGUAAUGAAGAUUGCAGCGUAAAAUUCGGAAAAAUGUAAAAAAUAAAAAUAAAAAUGAAAAGAAACGGAGAUAAGAAA